GGCAGGCACUGCCCCUGGGCGAUAUGAGUUGCCAUGUGUCCUUAACGAUCCCUGCACGAGCCAGCAGGGCUGCGAAGGCCAGCCAGUCACAAGACGCCUGCCUCUGCCUGGUGGGCGGAGCUCCACAGCUGGGAGGCUGGGAUCCAAAGAGAUCCCCCCAACUGACGCAAAAACCUGGGAGUGGCUGCUGGGAAGGGACUGUGGAUGUCGUCAAUGAAGAGUUCAAGUUCUGUGUCUACAACCCCACGAGCCAUGACUACGUCUGGGAAGAGCAGGGUCCUCUGCACCGAUUGCCGGCUGCAGGGCAGCGCCUGGAAGCCUUCUUUGAGGACGGUGGAAAAGACGUCAAGGGCGCGGCAGCAGCGGCAGCGGGUGCCUAUGGCGCGGCGAAGGUGCAACCAAAAGCUGCGCCGAAAGCCGUGCCCGAGGAUGGGCAUGACUUGAAGGAGCCAACUACGGGAGGCUCAGAAACGGGUGGCGGCUGCCGCGUGGAUGCGACGCGCUCGCCGCGCGCCGCAGAGGCGGCGCGGCAGCCGGGCGCCGUGUGCGCGUUGGUGGGCGAAGUGCCGCAGCUGGGUGGAUGGGAUCCGAAAAAAGCUUGGAAGUUCAAGCAGAAGAAGAUCGAAGAAGGCGCCAUAUUGUGGGAAGGCUCCUUCACGGAAGCCAAGGUGCCAGUGGGGCAGCAAUUCAAGUAUUGUAUCCUCCAUGAAGCCAGCAAUACUUAUGUCUGGGAGGAAGCGGGACCCAUGCAUUCCUGGCCAUUGUUCGAUGAGAUACAGGACUUUGAGGCCGGCGCUCCCCCGCCCGGCCACGGCGGCCACGGCGGCCACGGCGGCCACGGCGGGCACCUGUCCUGGCCGCCGUCUUCGGCGAAGCCGAAGCGGCCGGAGGCAGACGCGGCGCGGAUGCUGGGUGCAGGUACCGAGCGACGCAUUCCCUGGACGGGAGCACCUUGUGCCAGCAGGGUCAAGGCGCCACGUAGCAUUUUCCAUGCCUUCCACUGGCCAUUUGGAUUGGUCCUGGAGAGGCUACAAGACAUAGCUGAAUUGGGCUUCGAUGCAGUGCAGAUCAGCCCUGCGCAGAAGUCCAAACACGGUCACGAGUGGUGGGCCCGCUACCAGCCGCAGGACUACGGAAAGAUUGAAGGCCUUGGCUCUUGGGAGGAGCUAAAACAGCUCUGCACCAAAACCAGAGAGCUGAAGUUGCGCGUCAUCGGCGACGUCGUGUUCAAUCACAUGCUGGUGGUCGGCAGCUGCCAUGAGUGGCGCCACGCGCAGAAAGAUCCGGGCAAGCUGAAAGAGCUCCAACAGCGGCUGGUACAACAGACGCCCAUGCAGCUGGAAGACUUCCAAUGGCCCUGGUUGGAGAUGUCCGGGGACAACUGGGAUAACGAGAACCGCUACGAGGGCUGGGGCAGUGGCGAGUGGUCGGAACUGCGCUACUGUCCUCGUGUGGUGCAGAUGCAGCAGCAGCACCUGCAGCUCUUGUUGGAUGCAGGUGUGUCGGGCAUUCGCUUUGAUGCUGUAAAACACUUGAGGCCAAAGCAUUUGGAGGAGCACCUCCGUCACCUACGGACCUCGGACGAGGGACUCUUCGCCUAUGGCGAGGUCUUGAGCUUGGAUGAAACCAUGCACAAGGAGUAUAUGGCCUUGGGGUGUCCCUCCAGCGACUUCCCGUUGACUGUCUUCAUGACCCGAGCUUUGUCGGAGGGCCUGAAGGCAGUGGAGGAGGGGGUCACUGGUGCUUGCGCCCGAGCGGCGAAGACAUCAGGUCUCAAGGGUGCCGUGCAGUUCCCCAGCUCCGCGCUCUCGUCCGACUCCGUGCGCUUUGCGCGGAACCAUGACGGUGCGGCGAAGCACGGGAAGACAUGGAUCACGGAUGGUGAUGAAUCCCAAUCUUUAUUACGGCCUGGGUGGUGGCUGCGACACAGCGGCUCUGCAAUGGGCCUGGCUUUUGUCGCUGCAUGA